GGAAUCCAACUAUCCACACGUCAUUUGACAACCAACAACUGACGUGACUAGUUUGAUUUCGGCAACCAAAUUUCUUUUUGGUGAGUGUUCUGUGAAAUACGACGAAAAAUGCAAAUUCCGAAUGAAUAUGUUUCCACGGCGGAAGAUUUUGCAGAUCAAGUAAUACGCAAAGGCAAAAAUGUGCUGCCGACAGUCGCGAGAUUAUGCCUCAUAUCGACGUUUCUUGAAGACGGACUUCGGAUGUGGUUUCAAUGGUCAGAACAACGGGACUACAUGAACAUGUCGUGGGGUUGCGGCGUCUUCCUCGCUACCAUGUUUGUGAUUAUAAACUUAGUGGGACAGCUUGGUGGCUGUGUGAUGGUGUUAGGACGACUGAAGGUCGAGAUUGCGUGCGGUGUCCUCUUCUUCAUAGUUGUACUUCAGACAUUCGCAUACAGUAUACUAUGGGACAUACAGUUUCUACUUCGGAACUUAGCUCUCAUCGGAGCGCUGUUAUUAGUUCUGGCGGAAGCACGAGGUGCCGAGGGACGGAGCCUCUUCGCCGGCGUGCCCAGCCUCGGGGAGAACAAACCCAAGACGUACCUGCAGCUGGCCGGCAGGAUAUUACUCGCGUUCAUGUUCAUCACUCUUCUGAGAUUUGAAGUCUCUUUCUUACAGAUUGUACAAGACCUAUUGGGUAGUAUACUGAUGAUCCUGGUGACGGUGGGCUACCGCACCAAGCUGUCGGCGCUGAUGCUCGUGCUAGUGCUCACAGUUCUCAACUUGUACCACAACGCGUGGUGGGCCGUGCCCUCAUACAAACCGCUUAGAGACUUCCUUAAAUAUGACUUCUUCCAGACACUGUCCGUGAUCGGCGGUUUGCUGAUGAUCGUGUACCUGGGCCCGGGUGGCGUCAGUAUGGAUGAACAAAAAAAGAAGUGGUAGGAGCGGCCGCGGCACAGUCCGCGCCUGCGCAGAGACUCUUUAAAUUUACACUAAGAAUUGUUAUGUGGUGCGAACGGACCGGACGAUUGUCAUCAGUGCCCAAACUGACUAGUCGGCGACAGAAUUGCAAUCACUGUCUCUUAUUUCAACCUCUUGUGCAAUGUAAUGUUACGUAAAUAUUGAUAUGUAAUGCUGGGCUGCACCUACGACUCGUAAUGAAUAUUCACACAAUUUGUUCAGUUAUCAUGGCGAAGUCCAGUCAAUUGUCGUGUAGGUGGUGAGCCAACCAGAGGGCCUACCACGAAAUAUUUUCUGAAAUUUUUGAGCCGAACGGAACGCAAAUUUCGUGUUAAAAUGUCAUAAUGCAUACCGUUUUAAAAAUAUUAAAAUAUCGUUCCUUUGAACUAUUAAGCUAGGAUUUAUGACGAACGAAAUCCCUCCUCCAUCUACUGGGCCUAUUUCGGUAUGAAUUUCAUUUCAUGAUAGACCCCCAGUUUUAAGUGCGACAAAGUUAGUUAAUUAGAUGAUUUGUAAUUAAAAAGAUUGUAAAAUUAUUGCUUGAUGUUUUGUUUAUAAUUCUGAAGCUGCAAUUAUUACUUUUAGUGAAUGUAACAUACGAUACUAAAUUUCGCCAUAGAUUGCUUCGUCACAAUAGGCAUAAGUGCAGCCCUACCAUGAGAGUAUUAAAAUUAUCGUCUUGGUGUUUAAAUUGUCAAUUUUAUUUUAAUGUGUUGAUUAAUUAUUAUUUUAUUGACAAAUUGAAUAAGCUGUGAUUGAUGCGAGACUAAUUAUAACGAAAAAAAAAAAACUGUCGUCAUUUAGAUUUUAUAAAAUGUUUAAAUUUUUGUAUACUUCUGUCAAAAUAUCGUAACUAGAUGUUGUUUACUUGGUUUAUGUUUGUUUACUUUUAUAUUCGUAUCUGUCGGUUAUUAAUAUCUUUAAAAUUGUCUAACUCUAUUGUGACUGUCCUAUUUAUAUGUCAUUUGUAAUACUUGCACAGUAAUUGUAAAUUCUGACGCUUUCUAUAUAAAUAAUUACAACACAACCCUAUCACAUGUUAUGUUGUGAAAUAUUUAUGUAUCUUGUAUGAAUCGGCAACUCAUUGCUCUAUUCCCCACAUAGAAGUGAUAUUUUCUUAGUGGAAUGUUAUAUUUUGUAUGUAAGUGUAUGUCGGAGCGAUGUUGUGGCUCAAUAACUUAAAUACUAAUGUAGAGAAUAAUUGGUAAGGACACCAGAGCUCAUAAAUGCAUGGCAAAUUAAUAUAUUUAUAAAUAUAUUUUAUUCUAAUUUACAGAGAAAUAUGAGGUGAAAAUAAAAUCAACAUACCACUCUUUCAUGUGUGUAACAGAAGAACAAUUAGAAAUAGGAUCGAUUGCGCCGAAGAUUAAAAAAGGCUAUCUUUAUAAAUAUUAUUAAUUAGCUGAUAUCAAUGUAUAAACUUAAUAUAUUUUCUUGAGAAAUAUAUAAAAUAUACCUAUAUAUUAGUAGAUGACGAAUAAAGGUCCUAUAAGGUAGCCGAAAGUGAGACUAGUAAAUGAAAAUUAGAUAUCUCUUAGUGUUGUGGGGCCGCAACUCGCUCCUCACGGUAUCGAUGUUUCAUUCCGAAUUUCUUCUAUCUGUUGUGAUGUCAAUGUAAAUAUAUAUUUUGUACUUAUUGACUGAAACCAACAGUAACUGUAUGGAUUCUUGAAUGUUAUGAAAUUCAUGACCGUAGAUAUGAAACUGUGUAGAAAUAAAUUAAUUCCAGUAGCCCUAAGUGCAAUCAGGCUAUCAUCACAAACUUACUUGAAAGGUUUUUUUUUAUUUUUCACCACAACAAAUUAAUUUUUACAUUAUUAUCAAAGUAUUUCAAUGAGAAAAAUAUUUUUAUAGUAUUUUUUUUUAUUUAUUAAUAAUUUGGCCAUAGAUAAAUUUUGCAUUCCUAAACAAAACCAUUUUUUUUGUUCUGAAAUAAAUUUUACAUGAUA